GAACACCGGUGGACACUGCGGAGAACUCACCGAACCGAGGAGAGCAAGUUCUGCCCAUCACAGAGAAUCACAGAGAAGACAACUGGACUUUAUGCAAGGUAUACGAUUGUGGACUGUUCUUUUUUCUUAUUUUGCGCUUGUUACGCAACAGAGCUCACGGACCUUUUGAAAUUGGUCGUUUUCAUUCCCAUCCUUGUCUUUGGAAAACAAACAACAGUUUGCGAAUUUAAAGCAAAGAAAAAAAAAAAAAAAAGAAAAAAAAAAUCUUACUUUGAUAUGGAGGUGAUGUACAGGCAAGAUGAAUUCUGACACAGACCAGGCCGUGGACUUGCUGAAUAAUGGUUCCGCGGGACUCCAUGCAGAACUGCUUUCGCAAGUGCCAUCCAACAUCUCCAACUCGACCAGAGCAGGAAACGGGACCGAAGUGAGCUCUUUCAGCCUUGCUCGUGCAGUGCCACUGGGCAUGGUUUUGGGCGCUUUCAUUGUGUUUGCAAUCGUGGGCAACAUUCUCGUCAUUCUCUCUGUUGUGUGCAACAGGCACCUGCGCAUCCCAACCAACUACUUCAUUAUUAAUUUAGCCAUGGCAGACCUGUUGCUGGGCACAACCGUCCUGCCAGUGUCCGCCACACUAGAAAUUCUCAACUACUGGGUUUUCGGGAGGAUUUUCUGCGACAUCUGGGCUGCGGUGGAUGUCCUCUGUUGCACUGCGUCCAUCAUGAGCUUGUGCGUCAUUUCCAUUGACCGCUACAUUGGGGUGCGUUACCCUUUGCAGUACCCGAGUAUUGUGACAGAGAAACGGGCGCUCUUGGCCAUGCUGGGCGUUUGGGUUCUUGCCAUUGUCAUAUCCAUAGGACCAUUACUCGGGUGGAAAGAGCCGCCUUCAGAGGAUGACACCGUGUGCCUCAUCACAGAGGAGCCGUUUUACGCUCUCUUUUCCUCACUGGGCUCCUUCUAUAUCCCGUUGGCGGUCAUUCUGGCCAUGUACUGCCGCGUGUAUGUGGUUGCUAAGAGAACCACCAGAAAUCUCGAGGCUGGAGUGAUGAAAGAGCGCAUGGACUCCAGUGAACUGACUCUCCGGAUUCAUUAUAAAGGCUCUUCUCAUACGCAGGAGGACUGCAAAGGCCACACGAGGAGCUCUCUGACUGUGAAACUACUGAAGUUUUCCAGAGAAAAGAAAGCGGCCAAAACUCUUGGGGUUGUUGUCGGCAUGUUCAUCCUGUGCUGGUUACCGUUUUUCCUCGCUCUACCCAUUGGGUCCUUUAAUGCCAGUUUACGUCCUCCUGAGACAUUCUUCAAAGUGAUCUUCUGGCUGGGCUAUUUCAACAGCUGCCUGAACCCCAUUAUUUACCCCUGCUACAGCCGUGAGUUCAAGCAGGCCUUCAUUCGCAUCUUGCGGUGCCAGUGUCAGCAGAGGAAAAAACAAGGGUGGAGCAUGCACAACUAUCGCGCACAAAACAGCUCUGCAAACCAUUCCUAUGCAGACACCAACUCCAUUUGCAUGAAUGGCAGUCAGCAGACCCUGGCCUCAAUGCAGCCCAGCCCAAAGUUCUUAAGCAGAGGUGUAGACUCUUGUCCAGCAUCACGCCUUCUUCCAGGCUGGAGCCCCUGUACCUCCUCUUCCUCCUUAUCUGGGAGCCCCUUCCCUGGUAUUAUUAAGGCCAGGUCUGAAGCGAUGAGCCAGAGUCCCUGCAAACCCAGCAGGAUGGGAUUGCUGUUACCUAGUGGGCCCCAUGCCAAAGGACCUCAGCAUGCCAAUGGACAGAAUGGGAAGGGAGAGGCAGAGCAUGGGACAAAAUCCAGGCCCACACCUGAGACUACAAUGUAGUCAACCUUGACUUUCAUGCCAGUGAUUUCUCUAUUUUUAAUUCUUUCUGGAUAGAUCUGAUUGAUUAUUGUGGAUAUAAACUACAAAGGGGGGCGUCUUAUGAAUGUGUGCAUUGUGAUUUUGAGAGUUGUUGUAGCUAUUGAUAUUAAACAGAUGUGGUGGAAAUCUCAACUCUUUCAAACCCUCUAUGUGUAUUAUGUGUACAUAAUGUUGUACAUUUGUACAUUAUGAAGAGUGUAAAGUUUAUAAGUGUUUGCUGGCUGGGUGCACAGAUACUGUAGUAAUCUUUGCAUGAAUAAAGGGAUGAGCUCUGAACCUGCACAUAUUCUGCACAGCUGUGAGCAUCAAUUAAAAAAUGUGCUCACUGGUCUGUUAACUUCCUUUUAAUUAUUUCCAUUUUUGAUCUUCAUGUUAUCUUUGCUAAUUCUUAAUGUCGGGCCAGUUUUAUAAUAAUGCUUAUUGGGCUGGAAGAUUCUACAGUUAGAUUCACAGUUAGAGAUAAAUCCAUGAUGCCUUGUGAUCUGAGGUUCAGUAGGUGAGGGCGCUCCCCUGUUUGUUGUCUAAACAGAUUUAGCUUUUCUGGGUCAUUACAACACAUUUUAUAAACAAAUGAACGGAUGGCAUGUGAAGCUAAUAUAUAAUAACAGAAUUCAAAACACAAAUCAACUUGUAUUAAACACACUGUGCAUACUCUGAAAAUCUGAUCAUUGGUUCUUUGUUAAACAUCUAAUACCAGCCAUUCAGUGGAUUUAGAAGGAAAAUAUUUUUACAACAACAUUUCAUUAAAUCUUAAUUGUCUAUUAAUUUCAGAAGGAAUAUUCUGGGUAUAAUACAAGUUUAGCUCAAUUGACAUUUGUGGCAUAAUGUUGAUUACCACAAAAAAUAAUUUUGACUCGACCCAGAAGCAAAAAUCAUAAACCCAAAAAGACUGUAAAAAUUGUGGUAUAAACAACUUUACAGCUUAAAUAAUACAUGAGUUUUAACAGAAGAAUUAAUGUAAGUGCUUUUAUCAAAUUAAAAGCUUCACAUUUCUGUGUUUAAACCAUAAAAAAUUGACCCCGUUCACUUCCACUGUAAGUGCCUCACUGUAACCUCCAUUUUUGCUUUUUUUAAAGAAAAGAACGGACAAGUCAAAAGUAAUUUUUGUGGUAAUCGGCAUUAUGCAAAAAAUGCUGUUGAUUGAGCUUAACUUGUAUUGAACCUCGAAUAUCCCUUUAAGGGGAAACAUCAGUGGUAUUAGAAAAAAAGAGUGUGUUUUUGUGAGAACAUGAUCAUUUCUCCUAAGAUUUGUUUUUCUCCUUAACCCUUGAACAUUUUAUUUACUAUGUUGACCAUUUAUAAUGUUUCCCUAUAUUUAGAGACUUAUUGUGUGUUAAAUUGUGUGCUUUAGAACAUAAAGACUUACUUCCAUUGCAUUUCCAGUGCAUAUGCACUGCUGCUUGUUCAGUUUCCUUAAUUAAAAUGAACUAAAUGAACACUACUCUAGAACAUUUUGUCACAACUUGAAUUUAUUGUUUUCUAUCCAUUUCAAUUUGUAAAAUGUAAGUUUACUUAAUUUAUUUAAGUUGCGACUAAAUGAAUAUUUUUGAGGUGUUAUUGUGUCAUUGCUGAAACUGGGCAGGGGAUUUCCAUUUGGGGUGAACAUUUUUUAUUUAUUUUUUUAAUUAGGUGUUAUGCAUUUUUUUAGCAAGAUGAGAAUAUGAAGAGAUUUGUUUAUGUUUAAUAUUCUGUUAUAUUGGUAUUUAAAAAGAGGGUCUGUUAUGCUGGAGUUUUGGGGGUUACCGUUUUGGUGAAGAAUGGCACUUGUGCUUCAGUUGAGGAUGGACUUUCACUUUCAAGGGGAUCUUGAUUUAAGAGCUGCUUAGCUCUAUGAGCAAUUACUGUUAAAUUGACAGUGCAACAGUUUCACUGUUCUUUAACUUGCUCACCUGGCAUAUACUGAUGAUUAUUCAAAUAAAUAAAUUAACUGAAUAAAACCUUAGUAUAUUGAGUUUGAAUGAAAUUGAGUUAAAACUACUAUAGUACAUUGAUUUGACUUAAUCCAACUUAAUUAUGUUGGCUCAAAAACUGUCUUAAUCUGAAUGAAAGACAUUAAAUUGCUAGUAAAAACAUUCUAAAAUUCAAUUAAGUAAGAGUAAUGACUUCAUUUUCCGAAUGUACUGUUGGUCUAAAGAAGAAAUAAAUGUAAUUUGUGAAGGCCCAUGAUUGUGCUUUAUUAGACCUCAAAACCAAGUCUUUUUUAAGUGUUCACCCGACAUAAAACAUUUAAAGCUGAUACCUUAAGCAAAAUACUAAAUACAUUCA